UUUACCAACUUUCCUCCUCACCAAACUUCCAAAUUCUUGUCGAACCUCGAGUAGCUAUGAUACCGUGAGUGAAAAAACAACAACGACGAAGUACAUAAAUAAAAGACGUUUUCAAGUGUAUCCGACACAACCCACGUCUCAAAACUUGACUCCUCAACGUAUUCAGUGUUCUGUGCGCGCGCACGUGUUUUUUUUCUACAAAACAUCUUCAAAAUCGCAAUAUUUCCUUUUCUCUCGACUCAUUCAGCUAGGUGUAGGACAUCGCAGUGUCUUUGGUCGACAAUCCCAACGAUUUCAUGAUAGUAACUCAUUGAUUGAAUGUCUCUAUGAAUUACCUAGAGUAAACACGAAAACGAUAAUCAUACUGUAAAAUUCAACUGACAUUUCCCCUCCGAAUCAGGAAAUAAGGAGCUCGGAAAUACGAGUCGCUACUCAAAUUCAUCAGGCGAGUGACUUUUGAUCGUGACAUUUUCAUGUCACGACAUCUGAAAACAAAAACAAAGGAAUAAUUAUCAAUAUCUCAACCAAAUAAUCGGUUUCCCAUUUAUUAAACAAUUCUUCAUUAGCUGUCAGUCCCCUGAGUGGCAUCAUAUACAUUUGUUUUUAAAUCCCCUCUUCUUUUCUUUUUACCUCCCCUCUCCUCUUGUUACUCCAACCCAGCCACCCACUCUCCAUUUCCCCUCAAUUUCUCGUCACUAUCGUACUUUACAACACCGUGAACAUUGGUUAACAACACGAUUGACUCUAAAUUUAGUUAAGUUUGUUGGGUUGGGAUUGUAAAUUGUUUGGCUAACUCUAGUGCCUCUUGUGCCAGAACAAAGACAGAUUAAAAGUUUCACUUUGCUUUUACAUCGUUGAAAUAGUGGUGGAUAAAACUAGUGCCGAGGGAUCUUUUUUUCGUGGCGAUCAGACUCGCAGAGAUAAGUGAAAACGAAAUCUUGGGAAAAUUGGAGUGGAUCAAUUUGACGUGCGAAUUUUAGUCAAAAUUUCAACUACUCUGGAUCUAUGAACCCCAAGGGCCAAGAGGACCCUGGAGAAGAUCUCGCUUCCAGGGUAGGAGCUGAGAGCCCUUGCAGUGACAUGAAGCGAGCAGCAGCCAAGAAGUUAAUCGAACGUUACUUCUACCAGUUAACGGAUGGAUGUGGCAAUCCACAAUGCGACAAUCAGAAUUGUGCAUCUAGUGGAAAGGUGACGAAUCUAACUCCAAAUCAGGCAGCAGCCCAGGCAAUCCAGCUAUUCUCUCAGGAGGCACGUCUCUGCGACGGUACACAGCCCAGCAAAGUUCCCAGGACCUCCCUGGAGUCUGGCCCAGCAUCCUUAGCCAAAAGUUUGCCACCGAAGAGCAUGAAUCCAUCGUGCUCAGUAGAAGGUAAACAAGUACCUUACCUCACCGAGGCAAAGCUCCUGGACAUAAUAGAGCGAUGUAAAUCGGAGGGGAAUUACUCCCUGCUAAUUCGCACUCUGGGUGAGGUGUUCUCCUCAGCAGAGGCACUGAGUAAAAGCUUCCAAAAGACAGAGAAAACCGACUCCCCUCUGUCAGCCCUCCUGGAUCGUGCUCCAGUGUCUCUCUUGGGUCCCCCAAGUGAUUUAAAUAAAGAGGCAGUUAGAGCACUGCAGGGGGAGGACAAAGAGGUUGACAGUAGUGAUCCCUCGCCCUCGGUUCCCCACCCCGACGACACGAGUGUCGAUCUCGAGGCUGUGAGGAGAUCCUUCGCAGCUCUGUGGUCCAUAUCAGGCGAAGAGUUCGAGUCAGCCCUAGUCAAUGCCCUGGUGACCCUCGCCGACAACAUCGAACUGGACCUGAGGGUCUUCGGGAUCAUGCCCUCAGACAGCACAGACACCCUCCUCAAUGUAUUUCUCAUUGUCUUCGAGAUUCCAGUGCUGGGGAGCAGUGAUUACCUGGAAUACGCCCUCCACAUGCUCUGCAAGGCUGCCAGCUGUCUCCCCAUCUCCGCACAAGCUAAAUUAUCGAGGGUCUGGGCUAGGCACUGCAAGACGAGGCUCCCCAGACUCCUCCAAACCCUCCAGCAACUGAUAACCGUGAAGAUGAUCGCUGGAUCCUUCACGAGGGACUAUUGCGUUCAAGACGCCGACACCAUCACAGCCCCCACGAAAGUCAUGAAGAUCUUGUACUACGCAAGCAUGUUAUCCGGAGAACUGGACGCCCCAGAGUUUUGUCAAGACGAAGACGUCGAACCCACGGGAAUUGACAAAUCCCAAUUGACAAACCCCCCGGCUGCUCCACCCCCUCAGGACCCUCUCGCCGUUGAACUUGGGAUCUCUGCACUGGAUGCACGACGUCCCUACAUCGACUUCACUGAUUUUUAUAACGAACUGCUCAGUGAAAUGGUGGAGAUGGACAAAGACUUUGCUUACUACAAGAGCGAGCAACCAAAGAAAUUUAGCUUCAUGAAUUACGCGUUUAUCCUUACACCUGCCACCAAGACUCUUGGGUUGUACUACGACAACAGGAUAAGGAUGUACAGUGAAAGGAGGAUGAGCUUUUUUCAGUCGUACGUUGGACAACCGACGAAUCCUUACUUGAGGCUCAAAGUCAGGAGGGAUUUUCUCAUUGACGAUGCACUCGUUGAGCUGGAGAUGGUGGCCAUGGAGAAUCCGACGGAUUUGAAAAAACAACUCGUUGUGGAGUUUGAGGGGGAGCAGGGGGUCGAUGAGGGAGGGGUUUCCAAAGAAUUUUUUCAACUAGUCGUCGAGGAGAUCUUCAAUCCCGAUUAUGGAAUGUUCACGACGCAGGAGGAGACACAGACUACUUGGUUCAAUCCCACUUCGUUCGAGAGUGAUGCCCAGUUUACGUUAAUUGGUGUUGUACUUGGUCUUGCUAUUUAUAAUAAUGUUAUUCUUGAUGUGCGUUUUCCCAUGGUUGUUUAUCGUAAAUUGUUGGGGAGAAAGGGGAGUUUUGCGGAUCUCGAGGACUGGAGCCCGACGCUCUACAGGACGUUGACGGAGAUGCUGGGGUAUGUGGGGGAUGACAUGCCUGAUACAUUUAUGCAGACUUUCAAGGUCGGGUACAAGGAUGUUUUUGGCUCUGUGCUGUAUCAUGAGCUCAGGGAGAAUGGGGAUGAGGUUUAUGUGACGCAGGAGAAUAAGAGGGAGUUUGUGGAUCUUUAUGCGGAUUUUCUGCUCAAUCGCUCGGUCGAGAGGCAGUUCAAGGCCUUCAGAAGGGGAUUCCAGAUGGUCACUGAUGAGAGCCCCUUGGCCCUGUUGUUCAGACCUGAGGAAAUUGAACAGCUCGUUUGUGGAAGCAAAGUCUUUGACUUUACAGAACUCGAGGCUGCUACCGAGUACGACGGUUACACGGUUGAUAGUGAUGCGGUGAAGAAUUUCUGGAGAGUUGCUCAUGCGUUGCCAUUAGAGAGUCAGAGGAGACUGUUGCAAUUCACCACGGGAAGUGAUCGAGUGCCAGUUGGAGGAUUGUCGAGGUUGAAGAUGGUUAUUUCGAGACAUGGUCCUGAUUCUGACAGACUGCCCAUUGCUCACACAUGCUUCAACACACUUCUACUCCCCGAUUACUCAUCACUGGAGAAACUCGAGGAUCGCUUGUUGAAAGCCAUCAACUACUCCAAAGGCUUUGGAAUGCUGUGAGCAAAAAAAAUGGAAAAAUGCUUCAACCUCAAACGUUACAAUCCCAAACCCCUGAAACUGGUGGAACUCAUGUGAAAUGAGAACUGAAGAGGACUGACUCUUCAUUCUCUUGAAACAUGAACAAUCAAUCUGGCCUAUGUUUCUUCGUGGAUGCGAGGAGAUUAAACAUAUGGAUAAGUCAGGGCUUUCGUGAUCAGUGUAAUAAAGAGGAAUAUCAGAAAGUCAUGAAGCCCCUUCGUUUCCUCGUUCAAACAAAUCCCCCAAUCUACUUUUCACCGGUUUUCAGUCUCUUAGAGCAGCUUGAAGUGGACCUAUCGAUGUCCUAACGCAUCGCGUGAAAAACAUGAGAAAAUUAUGUGCUAAUUGUGCGCGAACAAUUGUCCAAGAGUGAAAACAAAUUAUAUCAUGGCUGUUAUAAAAAAAAAGAACUUUAUUUUCCAUUGUGUUUGAUUUCUACAGGCAAACAUACAUUUACACAUUGUCCUUCGUUCUAAUUAUAUUGGAAAUAUAAGAUGAAACGAAGAUUAAAAGAUCAAGUGAGAUUUAACAAUACCUUUGUAAAAAUACAAAUUUGUAAUCAUGAUACUGUAAGAGUAAUUGAUAAUAAAAAAAUGGCGAAAUGCA